AUGGCAACGCAUAACUCGGAUAAGGGCAAAGACAUAAAAGAACAUAUUGGGAGCGACAACGAGGAUGAAGAUAUCUUCCACGAUGCUCGGUUCCCUGCCGAAGAGGAGACACGCCUCCUCGAGGAGUCCCGGUCGAUAAAAGCAGAAGCAAACAAACUCUACUCCGUCGCAUCAUACGACCAAGCCAUUUCCGCAUAUGACCGAGCCAUAGCGUCUUGCCCUAGCUACCUCGACUACGAGAUUUCCGUUGUACGGAGUAAUAUGGCCGCUUGCUAUUUGAAGCUGGAAGACUGGAAAGCGGCGGUCGAUAGUGCAAGUGCAUGCAUAGAUGGAUUAGACCGCGUGGUCCCGCCAUCUACGAAGCCUGAGGAGAAGAAGAAUUCCGAUACGGCACCAGCGGACUUAGACAAUGCGGUGGUAGAAAUAUCCGGCGAAGAUGACAUGGCGGAAGAAGAGCAGCUUAAGAAGAUCAAAGAGCGCGAUGAGAAGAAGCGCGAUGUCAUGCGGAUUCGAGCGAAAGCUCUGAUGCGGCGAGCGAAGGCGAAGACCGAGUUAGGGGGUUGGGGGAAUCUCCAGGGGGCGGAGGAAGAUUACAAGAUCCUCGCUGCUAUGGAGAACCUAUCGGCGGAUGAUAAGCGGAUAGUCCAAAGGGCUUUACGAGAGCUGCCGCCGAAGAUAGCCAAGGCACGGGAGGCCGAAAUGGGGGAGAUGAUGGGCAAGUUGAAAGAUUUGGGGAAUGGCAUUCUUAAGCCGUUUGGAUUGUCGACGGAUAACUUCAACUUUGCCCAAGAUCCGAAUAGUGGCGGAUAUAGUGUCAAUUUCUCGUCAUAA